AAAAAAAAAGUGGCAGCGUUUUAGAAAAUGGGGAAAAAGUAGGAAUUCGUCCAGCUGAUAAAGUCCACAGUGAGCGUGAUUCCUGUUCUUCAUCUGUCCUGGGGAACGUUUACAGACUGUUCACUGUUAAAACUCUGGGAUGUUGGUGUGUGUGUGAGCCCCUGUGGAUCCAGUGGCGUGGAGUGUGUGUGUGUAGGAAUCCUCUGGUAUGGAGCAGGACGACUUUCCUCCCCCUCCUCCUGAUGUCCUGGACGAGGAGGAAGAAGAAGGAGAAAGUUUUGAAUUUGAUGACGAAGCUCCUGAGUCCGAGCGUCCUCCCUCCUUCCCUCCUGCUCUGGAUCGUGACUCGUCUCUACGAGCCGUCCAGGUUCUGGAGGAUGCGGAGGCUGAUCUUCCACCACCGCCACCUCAGACCUGCCCUUCAGCUCCAUACGCAGACUUUCCUCCUCCUCUUGACGAGGGACAAAUUCAGGACUGUUCUGAUAAGGAGCUUCCUCUGCCUCCAGACGGUGCUGAUACACAAGUGAUUCCUGGGUCCCGACCCAAAGUCAACCCGUACUCCGUGAUAGACAUUUCUCCCGAGAGCCUGCCUUUGUUGUCUUCUCCAGCCAAUGGAAAAGAAGGUGAUGCCCAGGAAGUACCCAGCAGCCCCGGUACGCCCUCUGGAUAUUCAGUGCCCGUGCCCUGCGGCUACGCCACGCCCUCCAGCGUCCCCAUCCUCACCCCCACGUACAUCACACCCGUCAUCAUCAGACACUUCUCAGUGGACGAAGAAGUGACCAUUAUGGGGGCGGGGCCUACACAGACUGACAGCGUCUUCACCGAAGAUCAUCCAGUCAUAAAAGAGGAAGACGCUCUGGCUAAGUGGGCCUCGGACCCUGCUAACACGGCCUGGAUGGAGAAUCCAGAUGAAGUUAUUUAUGACGACGUUCCGAGGGAGAAUUCGGGAUCCACUACAGACGUGGAUGAGAUGAUCUAUGAUGAUGUGGAGCUGGGUGAGGAGGGAGGCAGCAGCUCCGUGGAGAACGGCUGGAGCUCCAGUGAGUUCGAGAGCUACGACGAGGAGAGCGAUGGAGAGAGCGGGAACGGAGAGAACGGCCUCCUCCCCAAUGCCUUCAUCCGCCGACACACACCCAGCACCAAAACACACCUCUCUCAAGAUCUGACUCGCUUGAAAGAGCAUUAUGAGCGCAAGGUGAAAGAUCUCAUGACGAAUGCAGUGGGCGCGGUUGAGCUGCAGCAGCUCAGACACAAACAUGAGCAGAAGAUGCAGAAGUUUGUGAGGGCGGCCAAGCACGGCACCAAAGACGGCCUGGAGAAGACCAAAGCGGCGGUGAAGAAGGGGAAGUCCUUCAUACGAACCAAGUCUUUCGGUCACGAGAGGAAGUCAUCAUGUUUUGAGGAAGAGCCAUCCGAGUUCUUCAUCGAGGUGGAGUGUUUAAAUGUGGAACCUGUGUUAGGCCCCGCCCCUGAGGGCCUAACUCAACAGCAGGUGGUGAGGAGAUGUAUUCUGGAGUCAAUAUUAGAGAGUGAGAAGAAUUAUUUGGACUCACUGAAGAGAAUAUUAGAGCACUAUGAGAAGCCCCUACAGGAGAUGGAUCCUGGACUGCUGAGCGACAGGAAGUGUAAGGUGGUGUUUUACCGUGUGAGGGAGAUCCUACAGUGUCACGCCAUGUUCCAGAUCGCUCUGGCCAGCCGUGUGGCAGACUGGGAUCAGCUCCAGACGAUCGGGGACGUGUUCGUCGCCUCACUCCUGAGUGUCGGGAGCAGGUAUCUGAUCCGCUCGGACGAUGUGGUGGAGACGGUGUACAACGAGCGAGGAGAGAUCAUCAAGACCAAAGAGCGCCGUCUUUUCCUGCUUAAUGACGUGCUCAUGUGCGCCACACCUAACCUGCGGUCUCCUCAGGACGGCGGAGGUGCCGUCGUUCCUUCAGGCCAACGUUUCCUGUUGAAGUGGAGCGUUCCUCUCAGCCUGGUGGAACCGGUGGAGUUUGGUUCCUCUGAGGAGAUGGGAGACUCCGCCCCUUUCCCCGCCCCUCACUCCGGGGAGAAGGUGGUCAUCAAUGCCAUGCCAAAUAAGUUGUACGUGGGACCAGGUCAGCUGUAUCAGGACCUGCAGAACCUGAUCCAUGACCUUGGCCUUGUCAAUCAAAUCUCCACCAUGAUCAACAGCCUAAAGGGCAACUACCAGAAUGUGAAUGGGACAGUAGCACAGGACUGGAUCUCGGGUCUUCAGCGUCUUAUCCAGAAGAAAGAGGAGGAGAUUAGAGCUGCCGAUCGCUGCCGUAUCCAACUGCAGCUACCUGGAAAACAGGACAAAUCGGGCCGUCCCACGUUCUUCAUGGCCGUCUUCAACACCCUGAGCCCGUCCAUCAAGCAGGCCUGGAUCACCAACCUGCAGAUGUCCAAGCUGGCUCUCGAGGAACCUAACGUACAGGGCUGGUUCAUCGCAGAUGAUGAUGGGAAUCAGAUUAAGAAGCAGAAACAUCCGCUGCUCCUCAAGCACCUGCCUGUGGUCAUGUCCAGACUGCAGGAGUUUAAAGUGGAGUGUGCGGUCCAUAACCCAGAACCCCACAUUAACAGCGAGAGCACGGCGGACAUGCCGGUGGUGGGACACGGCUGUGUUUGGGUUGCCAGCUGCACCAAUCAGAUGGCUCAGAUUGCCGUAGUGGCCAUGCAGAACUCCAGCCCGAAGGUGACCGAGUGUUUCAACGUGGAGUCACGGAUACUCUGCAUGACCUACGUACCUGCGGAGGAGCCCCUGGAGGACGGAGAGGGAAGCCCCGAGCCUCAGAGCUGCACCACGCCAACCGUCUGUGUGGGGACUGAAGAGGGCAGCAUCUCCAUCUAUAAGAGCAGUCAGAGGUCCAAGAAGGUUCGAUUGCAGCAUUUCUUCACGCCGGAUAAAGCGGCUGUGACUUGUUUAGCGUAUAAGAGUCCGUUUCUGUACGCCGGCCUGGUCAGCGGCUCCCUCGCCGUCUACUCGCGAACACCAGACGGUUCAUGGGAUUCCUCCAGCGUGCGGUUAUUGAAGCUCGGUGUGCUGCCGGUGAAGGCCCUGCUGGCCGUCGGGGAGUGUGUGUGGGCCUCAUCGGGUGGACACGUCUUCGUCAUCGACGCUCUCACACACACUAUGGAGCACCAGUUGGAGGCGCAUCAGGAGGAGGGAAUGGUCGUGUCCCAAAUGGUGGUAGCUGGAGUGGGCAUCUGGAUCGCUUUCAGCUCAGGGUCCACACUCCGCCUGUUUCACACUGAGACACUGGAGCACCUGCAGGACAUCAACAUUGCUACACCUGUCCACAACAUCCUCUCAGGUCAUCAGAGGGUUUCUGUGAGCAGCCUGCUAGUGUGUCAUGGUUUGCUGAUUGUGGGGACAAAUCUUGGGGUGACGGUGGCUCUGAGCGUCCCCCGACUACAGGGCAUCCCCAAGGUCACAGGACGAGGUAUGGUGUCCUUCCACGCUCAUUACAGCCCUGUGAAGUUCCUCAUCAUGGCGUCGCCCGUACGGAACGCUGUCCCCACCAUCAGCGACUCAGCCAGUCAGCGUGUCCCUGCACCAGAAGAGGACGGCUGUCCUGACGGAGACGGCAUCCAUCCCGUCCCCAUCCGCCAGGACUCGCUCUCAUCUUCCCGCAGCUCCCUGGAGCACGGGCCAGAGGAUGGCGCCAUCUACGACCUUCUCAGUGACCCGGCGUUCUCCCAGAACACAAAGCGCAACACUCAGCGAUCGAACCUCAGCUCGGUGCUGGUGCUGUCCGGCGGCUCGGGCCACAGAAGAAUCAACAGGAAGAGCAAAGCGGCGCGACAUGAAGAAAACCUGCCCACGGUCAUGGUGUGGCAGAUCCCAGUGUCUGAAGUGUGAUCCAGGAUGAGGACUGUGGUAAGGACGAUGAUGAUGAUGAUGAUGAUGAUGAUGAUGAGGAGGAUAAUAUUUCAUGGCCUGAUGUAAUUCCUGUGCGUUUUGGAGGUGUUCCCCUCCUCUGUACUGUACGUGUGUGCAGGCUCUACAGACUCAGCAUUGGUGUAAACUCUGACAGAGAGGAAAAAGGAAAGAAGACGAGCUGGACGAUUGAUCUCGCUGAUCACUCCAGCACCGUGUGUGUGUGUGUGCACGUGUGUGUGUGUGUGUGUGCACGCGCACGCAGUGUCACCAGUGGGAUCUGUAAUAGCAGAAUCUUAAUGGACGACUUACUUGAAAAGGCUCUUCGUGGGAAUCUAAAUCACUGCGACACCACUGAACAUUCAUUCUCCUUUUCUUCUGUGCUAAUUGAAGUAACACCGCUAAUGCAAAGGUUUCUUUUCAUCUUUAGCUGCCGUGUGCUUAUAAUUCUUAAUUCCACUUCAUAUUUAUAUAUAAAACACUCUGAAAGUUUAGAUUUUAUCCUUGUAGUUUAAAAAAAUUUGAAUAUUUCAAAGUUUUCUAGAAACCGAGUGCAAUCCGAGUGAGGGACCGAACUCACUCACUGUUGUUCACUUUAAGUGAAGUUCACCGACGCUCACGAAGACGGCACAACGGAACACCGUGCAAAGUAAAUCUGUACAUUUACAAAUUUUGAAGUGUGUUUAAAAAAAAAAAAAAAAAACUUUUUAGAAAAUUUGCUGCUUCACACCAGUUGUUUUUCAUAGAGAAAAAAUUCUAUUCUGUCCUUAUACUGACAUAACCAAAAAAAAAAAGUGUGAAAUAUACCAAAAAAAAUCUAAAACGUUUUGUCUCCUCACCAAAAAAAAAAAAAUAAAUACUGGGGUGAAGUUAUACUUAGUUGAUCCUCUUAACCCACACUUUUUUUUUUUUUUUUUUUUUUUUUUUUUUUUUUUAUUUUUUUAAGGAAAAAUCCCCGGACGGAAUUUCUGGCUGGCCAGAUUUCCUACUCCAUAUUAAACCCCGACAGAUUUAUUUGACACCAUUUUUUUUAGAAUUUAUCCACAUAUGGGUAUUUAAUACGCUGGAGGAAAAAAGGAAGCAUUAUAAGAAAAAAUCAGUAUCGUUUUGAUGUUUUGUUUUUAACUCAUCUUAAUAUUUGUGCCUUUUUUUCUAACGUCUGUUAUGUUACUUAAAGGAAAAUUUGUAAAAGUUUUUUUGUGUUUAUUGAUUUGUGCUCUCUUUAUCUGUCAGACGAAUAAUAAACGUAGACGCCUGUGUCUGUCUUCCCUUCA